AUGCUUUGCUCAUCUAAGAGUGAAGGGCAGAUCCCGAAUGCAUUGAGGGAGAGCGAGAUGACGGGGGAAUUGAACAGCACAGCAAAUGCGGGAAAUAUGAAGAGGAAAAACAUGUCGUUUUUGACUCCAGAGAUCUUGAUCACCUACGAACGCGAGGGACAGCAGGCCAAAACAUACGAAGAGAGAUAUAAGGAAGCGGUCUUGGGAGUUUUUGGGACUAAAAGGUCCUUAACACAUUUAACUGUGCCGACCACACUACUACAAACAGACAAGCAGGCAGUUAUAAGGCAAUACCAUUCAGACCCGUGCAUAGCAAGCCUUGGAAUUCUACAAUGA